AUGGACUCAAAACACAAGAAACUGCUCCGAUCUCAGCGGCUUUUUCUGUCCGAGGAGCUUUUAGUCGACGACAUGAUCAUACAGUAUUUAUACCAAGAGGAUAUCUUAACUGAGCUUCAUUUAGAGGAGAUUCAGUCUGAGUCGUCUAAUAGGAAAAAAACGCUAAAGCUGCUGGAUAUCCUGCCCACGCGGGGCUCGCGCGCCUUUCAUCACUUUAUUCAGUCAUUAGAGAAAGAUUUUCCCUGGAUCAAAGACAAAUUACUGCGACUGUGUGCUGAAGACAACGAGUCUCCUCCUCCGUCCUUCACAGUUCAGUGUGGCGUUCCUGACCACAUCCUUCCGACUGUUCCAACCACGCAGCAUCUGAACCGCUUGGCUGCUCGUCUCGGUUCAGAGUGGAAGUCUGUGCUGCUGGACCUGGGCCUGUCCUCUGCGGAUCUAUACCGGUGCUGCGCCGACCACUCCCUCGCGGUUCAGAGUCAGGUGCUCGCUGGGCUGGUGAUGUGGACGCAGAGGAACGGAAGACAAGCCACAGUGCGGCGACUACUCCAGAGCCUCCAGGCCGCAGACAUCCCGCCAUCUGUCCUCCAACAGGUGUUUGUGUGAUGUAAUAAGUCGUGCUUUUCUGGACUUCAACAUACUGCUCUUGAGCUGUGGAAAACACAUUAGCAUUGAAGAAAGAGAGACGGUGUCCUAACGUGACUUUUUAAAAAUUUUAUUACAGGAAUGUGAGACUCAAAUAUGAGAACAAUAAUGAUGAAACUGAUCUUGUCACACUGUUUUUUAUAAGUAUGCCUUUUAAUAUUAAAGUUAGAAUAAUUCAUGCUUUUGAAAUGUCUUAUAUAAGUGUCCAUUUUUGUUGGACGUGCCACAGAAAUGUACUGAAAUACAUUUUACACCUAUUUUUGUAAUGGAAAUGUUGCCUUGUUACUGCCAGUGGUGAACUAGAGGUCAAAUUUUUCCAUAGUUGUACAAUAAUUUCAUGUUCAUUUAUGAGAAAAACACCGUUUUGUAAUGUUUUGGUAAACACUGUUUCCUGUCCCAGAUAACGUGUCCUUGAUGAGGUGAGAUGAGUUAAGACACUUUAUGCAAUCUUUAUUUGAAACUAUUUACCAGCUGCUGGCUGAUACAUGUGACGUUGUUAGAGUGGAGUCAUACUUUUCAUUCUCAUUCAUAAACAAGCUGUUCUGCUCAGUGAUUCCACACAGUAAUAACACUCUAAAAAUGCCCACAUGCGAUUUAUGUUCUCAGACUGGUUGCCAAUUCUUUUUUCAUACUUUUAAAACAUAUAUAUAUACGGUUGAGGUCAAAAUUUUACAUUCAGAAUCAUUAAAAAUGUUAAUUAUUUUGCCAAAAUAAGAGAUGAGAUCAUACAAAAUGCAUGUUGUCUUUUAUGUGAAAUCUUAUUCAGGUCAGUACUAAAUAAACAAUAACAUGCCAUUUGUAUGAUCCGUCUUAUUUUAGUAAAAUAAUAUUUUUAAUGAUUCUGAAAGGGGAAUGUAAACUUUUGACCUCAACUGUAUGUACACACACUACCAGUCAAAAUUUUUUGAACAGUAAGAUUUUUAACAUUUUUUUAAAGGAGUCUCUUCUGCUCACCAAACCUGCAUUUAUUUGACCCAAAAAUACAGCAAAAGCAGUAAUUUUGUGAAAUUUUGUUACUAUUUAAAAUAACUGCUUUCUGUUUGAAUAUAUAUUAUAAAUCUAAUUUACUCCUGUGAUCAAAGCUAAAUGUUCAGCAGCAUUACUCCAGUCUUCAGUGUCUUCAGUGGGGAAGAAAUUAUAGAAAUUAAUACUUUUUUUUAGCAAGAAUGCUUUAAAUUGAUCAAAAAUGAUGAUAAAGACAUUUAUAAUGUUACAGAAGAUUUCUAAUUCAUAUAAAUGCUUUCUAUUCAUCAAAGAAACCUGAAAAAAUUGUACUCAGCUGUUUUCAACAUAAUAAUAAUAAUAAAUGUUUUUUUAAACAGCAAAUCAGAAUAUUAGAAUGAUUUCUGAAAGAUCAUGCGACUGGAGUAAUAAUGCUAAAAAUUCAGCUUUGAAAUCACAGGAAUAAAUAACAUUUUAAAAUAUAUUCAAAUAAGGGCUGUCUUGAUUAAUAUAAUCAAAAUAAAACUUUUUGCCUAAUAUAUGUGUGUGUGCUGUAUGUAAUUAUUAUCUAUAUAUAAAUACACACAAAUUAAUGUAUAUAUUUAAGAGAAAUAUGUUAUUUAUGUACAAUUUUUUUUUAUGUAUAACAUAAAUUAUAUUAAAAUUAUAAUAAAUACAUAUACUUUUUAAAUAUAUACAUGAAUGUGUUUGUAUUUAUAUAUACAUAAUUACACACAGUACACACACAUAUAUUAGGCAAACUCAAACUUUUAUUUUGUAUGCGAUUAAUCGCAAUUAAUCAUUUGACAGCCCUAAUUCAAAUAGAAAACAGUUCUUUUAGAUUUUUAAAUAUUUCAAAUAUUUAAGAAUUUAACUGUUUUUGCUGUACUUUGGAUCAAAUAAAUGCAGGCUUGGUGAGUAGAAGAGACUAUAAAAACAUUUAAAAUCUUACUGUUCAAAAACUUGACUAUACAGUUACUACAAGCUCAACUACACAUAUAAUUAUAGAAGAAUUGUUACAUUUGAAAAAGAAAAUUACAUUUUGUAUAACACAUGGUUGUUAAAAUGCUGUUUUCAGUGUAAUCUCAAGCUAGUACAUCUGGUCGGCUCUCUAUUGUUUUUCUCUCCAUCUGUCGCUUGCUGUUUUUAUUCAGUGCUGUUUACUCAAAGCGUAAUCAAUAUUUACAGAUCAGGUGUUUGUAAUAUGACACAGGUCAUUUCCUAAUCUCUCACUUAUUAAUCAGAGAGUGUUUGUGUGUGUGCGUAACACGCGCCAUCAUUCGUAAACAUUUGCGCGCAUCCGUUUCUCUGCUGUGUGUUCCCGCUCCUAUCCAUAAGGCCUAUGCGUGCGCUUGUUUGUUUGUGCCACGUUUUUGCUUUCUACUUUGUCUCCCAGGUGUCAGUGCCACCACGUUAUGAGACUUUGAAUGCUUUCCUAGAAUCUGAGCGUGAAAGAGUUUACACUGAUGUAUAAUUGACUUACCUAGUUAAAUAUAAAUGGCCAUCAACAGCCCCAUUGUCCCUGAGGUGAUCCAAUAAUGUCAUGUUUAUGAAAUCACAGAAAACUUGUUGCGGUGUUGAACUGAUAUCUGAUCGUUUGUGAUGAAUGUUCAUCUUCUUUUGGUGGGAAACAUUUAGAAAGUAAUCUACAUAUGUCCUCUGUUUAUCUUUUCUGAAUCUCGCUAAAUGUGCACAAACACAGAGAUAUAUGACACGCGCCUGCGUGCACACACACACACACACACACACACACACACACACACAGGCCCUCUGUCCUCUGAGUUCCCUAAUUCCAGGGAAGCGUUUGAAAUUCAGCUUAGCGUACGUUUUUUGUUCCGGUGUUUCUCAGAAAUGUGCAGGGUAUUGUAAUCGCAGCCUUCAGUUGGGACGGUUGAAUUCAUACCCAUAAAAUGAUGUGUGUGCGGUCCAGUGGUUCAGAAAAUUCACGUGUGGUGCCAAAAAACGCAUCAGGGCCCGUUAAAGCAUCUCCUCCGCAGAUAAAAAUGCCUCCACGGGCUUACAGCGUGUUUGUUCUAGAUUUAAAGGUGGCCGAAGGCAAAGCGUUAAAGCAGCUCUUCGGCGAGCGAUGUGUCUCACUCCAUUGAAUUAUAGCGGUGGUCACCCGCCUUCCCCUGAACUCCAGAGGAAAUAUAUACUUGAGGGUUGCUGUAAAUGCUGUGGCGGGCUCCUCUGCGCAGGUUGCCAUGGAGACCGGUUUUGGAUGGUGUGGCAUUCUAUACCCUGUGGGCUCUUGAUGGGUUGGUCUGCGUAUCUAUUCCUCUUUUGGUCUCAGCAAAUGGAUGUCUGAAUGGGAAGGCUAAGACAGGAGUGUUUUUUUCUGGUGCUGACUUGUAACAAAAAAUGCAAUUAUCUUGAGCCUGCUUUUAGUUUGAUUUUAAUAACGUUAGCAAUUUAACUCAUUUUGUGGCAUAGUGAUAAUUAGCUGUGAUUAUCUACCAGUCGCUGUUUUCUUUACCUGCUGGAACAAGAUUUGUGUAAAUCAAGGUAGCUUGAAGAAAGGAAAUGUUAAAUUUGAAAUCCCAGUGAGGAAAAAGGUGUAGUGCAUGUUAGUUAACCUUGAGGUCAUAUAUAUUGCUAUAAGGAAGUCCAAUUCUGCCUACAUUUAGUACAUUGGCAGACGCUUUUAUCCAAAGCAACUUUGACUGCAUUCAAGGUACACUUUUUAUCGUUUUUUGCAUUCCCUAGGAAUCAAACCCAUGACCUUGGCUUUACUAGUGCCAUGUAUUGUUUGAGACACAGGAUGGCCUUAGGGUAAUAAAACAUUGCGAGAUAAAGUUAAAAUAAAAUCAGUAUAUAGAUGUAGUAAAAAGUGAAAAGUCACACUUUUAAGACAUAAAGUUGCAGUUUCAACUGCAAGAUAUGAAGCCACUUUAGAAAGUCACUUGUAAAAUAUACUGUAAAGACAUCAAAUGUGACAGAAAGUCAUAAAAGCUACAGUUGAGAUGGGAGUCAUUUUGUGAAAUGUGCAGUUAUGAGAAACAAAGGCAUGUUUGUAAAACGAUUGUCUCGAUUGUGAGAUUGUGUCAUUAUUGCACUGAAAAAGAAUUGUUGAACUUAAAAUAAUUUGUUACCCUGCUGCCUUAAAAUUGUAAGUUUAGUCAACUUGAAAUGUUAAGUUUUACUAAGUGACAACUUAGAUAUGUAGUUUGAUUCAACUUACAGUUUUAAGGCAGCCAGGUAGCAAACACAGCUGUUAAGUUUAACAAACCAUUUUUUUUAGUUUAGUCAACUCAAAUAUCUAAGUUGUCACUUAGUACUACUUAACAUUUCAAGUUGACUAAAUUUAUAUGAGUUGACUGGACUUAACAUUUCAAUGCAGCAGGGUAACAAAUUAUUUUAAGUUGACUCAACAAAUUAUGUUUUUUUUUUACAGUGUGUAAGAUGCGAGUCAUUUUGUGAAAUGUGAAUUUGCAGUUAUUAGAAACAAAGGCAUGUUUGUAAAACGAUUGUCUCGAUUGUGAGAUGUAAAGCUACUUUGUAAGAUACUACGAAAAACGAAGUCGCAAUUUUGAGAUAUAAAGUUACUCUGACACAAAAGAAAAUUUUGUAAAUGUGCUUUAUGUUUUCACAAUUGUGAGAUUGAAAGUCGCAAUUACAAGAAACCAAGUUCCUUUUGUGAAAAAUAUACUCACAAUUGUAAGAAUAACGUAAGUACUGAAAUACUGUAAGGUAAUUAAUUAUAAAAAUCAAUUGUGAGAUAUAUAAAGUCAUAAUUGUGAGAUGUAAAGGCACUUUGUGAGAUCUGCUGUGAAGCCACAAUCAUGAGAAAGUGAAAUAACAAUUGUGAGAUAUAGUCACAGUUGUGAGAUAUAAAGUCACACUUAUGAGAAUCAAAGUCGCAUUUGCAAUAUAUAAUGUCACUGCGAAAUACUGUGAAACUAAGUCAUUGUGAUGUCAAGUAACAGUUGUGACAUAUAAAGUCAUUAUUGUGAGAUGUAAAGCCACAGUUGUAAGAAACAAAGUUUCUGAGAUAUAUUCACACUUGUUAAAAUCAGCCACAUUUGCAAGAUAUAAUCACUUUGUCAAAUACUGUAAUUAUAAGAAGUCUUUAUUGUGAUAUACAGGGGUUGGACAGUGACACUGAAACACCUGGGUUUAGACCACAAUUAGUAUGCCGUUUGGCCUCCUUUUGCAGCCAAUACAGCAUUAUUUCAUCUUGGGAAUGACAAAUACAAGUCCUGCACAGUAGCCAGAAGGAUUUUGAGCCAUUCCUUUCGCAGAACAGUGGCCAGGUCGCUAUGUGAUGUUGGUGUAUGAAAACAUUUCCUGACUCGCUCCUCCAAAACACCCCAAAGUGGCUCAAUAAUAUUCAGAUCUGGUGACUGUGCAGGCCAUGGGAGAUGUUUAACUUUACUUUCAUGUUCAUCAAAUCACUCUUGUCACCAGUCUUGCUGUGUGUAUUGGUGCAUUAUCAUCCUAAUACACGGCACCACCUUCAGGGUACAAUGUUUGAGCUAUUGGGUGCACAAAGUCAACCUUCACACUCUGCUCUUACUGGUGGAAUGUGCGAUCAGUAAAGACUGGCCACCAGGCUGCAUAAAUAUAGCCAUGAAACCUCCAACACUAUAUUGGCCAGUGUUUUAGUUUCAUUGUCCAACCCCUGUAUAAAGUAACAAUUGUGAGAUAUAAAGUCAUUAUUGCACUGAAAAAAAAAUGUUGAGUCAACAUAAAAUAAUUUGUUAACCUGCUGCCUUAAAAUUGUAAGUUCAGUCAACUCAAAAAAAGUUUAGUCAACUUGAAAUGUUAAGUUUUACUAAGUGAAAACUUAGAUAUUUAAGUUGAUUCAACUUACAGUUUUAAGGCAGCCAGGUAGCAAACACAGCUGUUAAGUUUAACAAACCAAUUUUUUUUAGUUUAGUCAACUCAAAUAUCUAAGUUGUCACUUAGUACAACUUAACAUUUCAAGUUGACUAAAUUUAUAUGAGUUGACUGAACUUAACAUUUCAAUGCAGCAGGGUAACAAAUUAUUUUAAGUUGACUCAACAAAUUGUGUUUUUUUGUUUUUUACAGUGUGUGAGAUGUAAAGCCACAAUUGUGAGAAACACUUAUGAAAAUCAAAGUCGCAUUUGCAAGAUAUGUCUCUUUAUGAAAUACUGUGAAAGUCACAAUUGUGAUAUGUCAAGUAAGAAUUGUGAGAUAUAAAGUCAUUGUGAGAUGUAAAGCCAGAAUUGUAAGAAACAAAGUUGCAAUUGUGAGAUAUAGUCACAGUUGUGAAACAUAAAGUCACACUUACGAGAAUCAGUCGCAUUUGCAAGAUAUGAAAUCACCUUGUAAAAUACUUUGAAGUAAUUAUAAAAAACUAAGUGAAAACUGUGAUAUAUAAAGUAGCAAUUGUGAGAUAUAAAAUCAUUAUUGUAAGAUGUAAAGCCACUGUGAGAUAUAAAAUCACACUUACGAGACUUAAAGUUGCAUUUACACAAUAUAGUCACUUUGUGAAAUAUUGUGAAGUAAUUAUAAAAAUCUAAGUCACAAUUGUAAUAUAUAAAGUCAUUAUUGUGAGAUGUAAAGCCACUGUGAGAAACAAAGUUGCAAUUGUGAGAUAUAGUCACAGUGGUGAGAUAUAGUCACACUGACAAGAUUCAAUCACAUUUGCAAGAUAUAAAGUCACUUCGUGAAGUACUGUAAAGUAUAGGAAACUAAGUCACAAUUAUGAGAUGUAAAGCUACAAUUGUAAGAAACAGUUGCAAUUCUGAGAUAUAGUCACACUUGUGCAAUAUAAAAUCACACUUACGAGAUUCAAAGUUGCAUUUGCAAAAUAUAAAGUCACUUUGUGAAACACUGUAAAGUAAUUAUAGCAAACUAUGUCACAAUUGCAAUAUAUAAAGUAGCAAUUGUGAGAUAUUAAGUUACAUUCAGAGACUUAAAGUCGCAGUUAUAAGAAAAAUGUCAACUGCGUGAUAUAAAGUCAGAAUUACAGAUAUAAAAUUGCAAAUAUACAAGAUUACAAGUAAAUUUGUGAGGCAAAGUUGCUUAUUUAAUGUGAGGUGGAAACAGGUUCAUAUAUGAAAUACAGUAACAUUAAAGCUGACCAAAUUGACUUUUAGCUGAUAUGCAUUUCUCUUUUGGUAAAAACUGAUGAUGGGGUGCAUAUAAACAUUUGUCCAAUCAAAUACUCUUCAGAAUGACAACAUCCUUCCCCUCAAUAUCAGUUGCCUUUGAUGGUUCACAAUCAUGGUUCAACUCUGUGAUGUAAAUUAGCUUCUAUAUGCCCAACCCAAAC